AAGCACUUCCGGUAAAUAAUACCAUAUUUUUCUAAAAUUUAGCAAUUUGCAUAUGAUAUUAUGACAUAUCGCAAGCACGAUUUUUUAAAGACAAAACAAAAUCAUAGGUAAAUGACCCUGAUUGAACACAUGGUUAUUUAGAAAGAUGGGGGUGUUCUAUGCUAAUCAAUCUUCACAAUAAUAUCUAUGUACCGUUAGCAUGCUUAGUUUUUGGAGGAUUUGCACUGAGUUCUACAUUUGUUGUUAUUCAAGUUAUCAGAAACAUAUCACUUGGUAAAGAAAAUAGGAUGAAUUCUUCAUUUGAAGGUCAGAUUUUACUGCUUGGUGAAGGAGAUUUCUCCUUUUCUGUUGCCAUGGUGAAGUUCCUAUCAAAACAAUACAGAAAGCUUAUGGUGUCAACAAGUUUUGAGACAGAAGAGUCCAUUCAGAAACACAAAACAGCAUUGGAAAAUAUUGAUCUGUUGAAAGAACAUGGUGUAACAGUGUACCUUGCAACAGAUGCUACUAAAGUUCACACAGAUCCUCGAUUCAAGAAUGACAAGUUUGAUAGAAUUAUUUUCAAUUUUCCCCAUUCUGGUGGGAAGUCUAACCAUAAGAAAAAUAGAAAGCUGUUGUCAGAUUUCUUCUGCAGUGCUGUGAAUAUCAUAACAGAUGAAGGACAGAUCCUUAUGACAUUAUGUAAAGGUCAAGGUGGAACACCUGCAGACAAACCAAUGAGAGCUUGGUAUGAUAGUUGGCAGGUCGUUUCUAUGGCAGCUAAUGCUGGUCUCAUUUUGAAAGAUUUUUGGCCAUUUGUAGUCAAUGACUUUGAGGAAUAUUCUUCCACAGGUUUCAGGAGUCAAGAUAAAGGAUUUAACACAGAAAGGGCAAUAACUCAUGUCUUUCAGAAAGGGGAGAUAAUCCCAUUACCAACAGAAAGUAUUCCCUUAACCUUAAUCAAAUCUGAAUAUUUAAACAGAAGAAUUUCAAGAAACCUUUUCAUGGUAGAAAAUCAUCCAGUUUCUCAGGUAUAUAAACACCUUGAAAGUCAUAUAGCAGAACAGUUUUCUAUAGAACUGGUUCCAGCACCAGACCCAGUUUUAGGACAGGCACCAGGCUCACUGAAAGAAUUACUUACAGGGAUCAAUGGAGAUGUGGCUAAAUCAAAAUACUUUGAAAACUUUGAUUUGAGAUUUUAUAGAACAGAGAAAUGUUCAGAAUUUGAUGGGAAACAAACUUUUGAAAAUUGUGCUAUGAAAAACCAUAGUAAACUCAGCAAUGAAAAUUCAUGUCUGUCUAAAGGGGAGAUAAUUUAUAAGGAACAAGAAGGGGAAGUAACUGAGUGUCAGGCAGGAGUGGAAGCAGUUCCAAAAACUUCUGACUGUCAUUUGAGAUUUUCACUACUGGAACAUUUUCCAUUUCUAUUAAACAAAAUUGCAUAUUCAAAUCAUGAAACAGCUGGAAAUGUAAAAGAAAUCAACGAUGAACUCGAAAAUUUACAUUGUGAGCAAUUUUCAGAUUCUGAUCAACAAAUUAAGGAUAAAAUGCCACCGCUAUGUCUGAUGACUGGACAAGUAUUUAGACCUUGUGAAAUAAACCCAUUCACUUGUCCUGUAAAAUCUGAAAUGCUGGGAGUUUUCAACUUUAAAAGUGGAGAAAUAUCCAAAUCUGAAGAUAUUUCUUCAAGCUUUAAGAAAUUAACUGCCUGUUUGGAUGCAUCUUUUCCAGGCUUGAAAAUAUCAUGUGAUGCUUUAGAAAAUUUGGAUACUGAUCUACCUGGUUUGAAUGCAAUUGGUUCAAUGCAAGUAGACUUUGAUUGUCCUUCAGAAAUCAGGGAUAGAACUAUUGGUCAUUUGUGGUUUUACAAAAAUCAUUCAAAUAAGAACACGGUCAAUUGUUUAGUCUUUGUAUUAGAUUUAAAUCUUCUGACUUUAGCAGCAUUCAGACUCCCUCAUGUUGAAUUGUUAUUUUCAAAUAAUUUAGAUUUUUCUAAACAAUGUUCAAUCAGGGGAGAUAAUUCUUUUGAAUAUAGUCCAGUUAGUUUAUUUCCAGUGAUGUUUGAUCAUGACAUGAGUUUCUGGGAGAAUGAAAAGAAAGAUUUUGAUGAAUAUAUAUUUUUUGAUGUCAUUAGAGGAGUGGCUAAGGAUUCAGUCAUGUCAGUCAAAUUGAUUGACACCUAUAUCUGUGAUAUAACUGGAAGAAAGAGUCGUUGCUAUAGGUUACAGUUUCAAUCACAUGACAAAGUGUUGUCAUAUGAUACAAGCUGGAAGCUUCAAAGUAAAAUCAGAUUAGAAGUAGCUAGAGAACUUGAAAUUUCUUUGAGAUGAUGUUAAU